GAUGGUUUGGCUGCCUUUGCGACUUGGAGAUCUGAUGCCAUAAUGAGGACUCACACACGGGGGGCUCCCAGUGUGUUUUUCAUACAUCUGUGUUGUUUUGUGGCAGCCUGUAUCGCCGACGAGAACCCCGAAGUCAUGAUUCCCUUCAUCAAUGCCAACUAUGACAGCCACCCAAUGCUGUAUUUUUCCAAGGGAGAAGUGGAAGAGCUGCAGCAGAGGGCAGGAGGGACCCACAGGCACAUUGCAGCACGGCUGACCGAAGCAGUGCAGACCAUGCUGUCCAGUCCUCUGGAGUAUCUUCCUCCUUGGGAUCCCAAGGACUACAGUGCGAGGUGGAAUGAGAUUUAUGGCAACAACCUGGGCGCCUUGGCAAUGUUCUGUGUGCUGUACCCCGAGAACAUCGAAGCCCGCAAUAUGGCCACGGACUACAUGGAGAGGAUGGCUGCUCAGCCUAGUUGGCUAGUGAAAGAUGCUCCUUGGGAUGAGGUGCCCCUGGCACACUCUCUGGUUGGUUUUGCCACUGCCUACGACUUCCUGUUCAACUACUUGAGCAAGACUCAACAGGAGAAGUUUCUGGAAGUGAUUGCCAACGCCUCAGGGUAUAUGUACGAGACGUCCUACCGCCGAGGAUGGGGAUUUCAGUACCUGCACAACCACCAGCCUACCAACUGUAUGGCCCUGCUGACCGGAAGCCUGGUUCUGAUGAAUCAAGGUUAUCUUCAGGAAGCCUAUUUGUGGACCAAACAAGUUUUAGCCAUCAUGGAGAAAUCUAUGGUCUUACUUAGAGAAGUCACAGAUGGCUCCCUCUAUGAAGGAGUCGCCUAUGGCAGCUACACCACCAGGUCUCUUUUUCAGUACAUGUUCUUGGUACAGAGACAUUUUGAUAUCAAUCACUUCAGUCACCCUUGGCUAAAGCAACACUUCGCAUUUAUGUACAGAACAGUCCUUCCAGGCUUUCAAAGGACAGUAGCUAUUGCAGACUCAAAUUACAACUGGUUUUAUGGUCCAGAAAGUCAGUUGGUAUUUCUAGAUAAAUUUGUCAUGCGUAAUGGCAGUGGCAACUGGCUGGCAGAUCAAAUUCGACAGAACCGAGUCAUAGAAGGUCCAGGAACAGCAUCCAAAGGGCAGCGCUGGUGUACUUUGCACACUGAAUUUCUCUGGUAUGAAGCCAGCUUGGGCUCCAUCCCUCCCCCAGACUACGGCACCCCCACGCUUCAUUACUUUGAGGACUGGGGGGUCGUGACUUAUGGAAGCGCCCUGCCUGCUGAGACCAAUAGACCUUUCCUUUCCUUUAAGUCGGGAAAGCUGGGUGGCCGUGCAAUCUACGACAUUGUCCAUAGAAACAAAUACAAAGACUGGAUCAAAGGCUGGAGGAAUUUUAACGCGGGCCAUGAGCACCCCGACCAAAACUCGUUCACGUUCGCGCCCAAUGGCGUGCCCUUCAUCACAGAAGCUUUGUACGGGCCCAAGUACACGUUCUUCAACAACGCGCUCAUGUUCUCCCCGGCCGCCUCCAAGAGCUGCUUCUCCCCCUGGGAGGGCCAGGUCACGGAGGACUGCUCUUCCAAGUGGUCCAAGUACAAGCACGACUUGGCGGCGCACUGCCAGGGCCGCGUGGUGGCCGCCCUGGAGAAGGACGGCGUGGUUUUUAUUCGAGGGGAAGGAGUCGGGGCGUACAACCCCCAGCUCAGGCUGAAGAACGUCCAGCGGAACCUGAUCCUCUUGCACCCUCAGCUCCUCCUGCUGGUGGACCAGAUCCACCUGGAAGAAGACAGCCCCCUGGAGGCGGCUGCCAGCUUUUUUCACAAUGUGGACAUGCCUUUCGAGGAGACGGUGGUGGACGGCGUGCACGGAGCUUGCAUCAAGCAGCGCGGGGGCACAUACAAAAUGUACUGGAUGGACGAUACGGGCUCCAGCGAGAGGGCCACGCUGGCUUCGGUGACGUACCCCCGGGGCUACCCCUACAACGGGACCAACUACGUGAACGUCACCACGCCUCUGCGGAGCCCUGUCACCAGGGUAGCCUACCUCUUCAUAGGGCCUUCCGUGGACGUGCAGAGCUUCAACGUCCACGGGGACGCCCAGCAGUUGGAUGUGUUUAUCGCCACCGGUAACCACGCUUACGCGGUCUACCUUUGGACUGGGGAGGCCUCUGGGCAAACGGCCUUCCUGCGAGUCAUCGCGGAUCGCAGGAAGAUUCUGUUUGAUCGCUCCGCGAUCGUCUACAGUGCCCCCGUGGCCGAGGUGAAGGACUAUGCCGGCAUCGUAGAGCACAACCUGGAGCAUUUUAAGCCGGUCUUCCAGCGGCUCGAGAAGCAGAUCCUGUCCCGGGUCCGGAACUCGGCCGGCUUCCGCAAGACGGCCGAGCGCCUGCUGAGGUUUUCAGACAAGAGGCAGACGGAAGAAGCCAUCGAUAGGAUAUUUGCCGUCUCGCAGCGCCAGAGAAAGCAGCAGCUCCAGGGCAAGGCCAAGAAGAAUCGGAGGGCCGGCGGCAGGCGCUACAAAUUCAUCGAUGCCGUCCCGGACAUUUUUGCACAGAUUGAAGUCAACGAGAAAAAGAUCCGGCAGAAAGCUCAGAUUUUGGCGCAGAAAGAGCUGCCGAUAGACGAGGAGGAAGAAAUGAAAGACCUCUUAGAUUUCGCUGAUGUCCCCUAUGUGAAACAUAAAAUCGGGGCACCCUUCAGAGGCCAAUUGGGGCAGGCCCAGAUGGCGACCACCGCCCGAAGUAGGGCCCCCUCCAUAUCGGCUUCCUAUACCAGGCUUUUCCUUGUCCUGAACAUCGCCAUUUUCUUUGUCAUGCUGGCGAUGCAACUGACUUACUUCCAGAGGGCCCAGAGCCUGCACGGGCAGAGAUGUCUGUACGCCAUCCUCCUGGCGGAUAGCUGCAUCUUACUGUGGUUGUACUCGUCCUGUUCCCAGUCUCAGUGCUAGCCACCAGGCGACUCGGAACUGCCCAGCCUUUCCGUGGUCCCUGGAAUCUAAGCACAACCCAGAACCCCCUCAGAGGGGGCUAAUAGUUGGGCUGAGUUUAGUCUUCUCAGAUGCCUUCCAGGGAAUCUGAGAGCAGGAGAAAGAGAAGGAUCUUUCCAAGAAGUGGAGAGAGAGAAAGCAAAGCUUGGGGCAUGCCCAACUCCUGUCAGAGAACAAAGAAUCACUUGGUGGCCCCGUAACAUCUGGAAAAAGCAUUUUGCUUUGCUAAUGAUAGUAGUCAAACCAUGACUACUUUUAACUGAGACAAGAAGUCCAGAACUAAGCAGUUAUCAUCCUUUCUUUUUUUUUAACUGUGGCUUUAAAAAGAGAGAGGGAACUGAUUUUAAAAUUGGUUUUGUAUCAUGAACUUGAUGUUCAUCUGAGAUACUAUUUGGUGGCUACUGGAGAGUUUCUAAGUCUUGAAACACAAACUCUGUUGAAACAUAAUCCCUUAAGGGUAAUGAGUAGUCUUCCCACUAUCUCCCUCCCCACUUCAUUCUUAAGUACAUGGGGCUAAGCAUUGGGGAAACAAAAAGAAAAACUAAAUAGUCCCUGCCUUCAGUGAGGUCAUAUUCCACAAGGGAUACAGUCCGUAUGUGUGUACACAUAUGUAAGUACACAUGCACAUAUACAUACAUGUUUAUAUACCUAUAUAUUACAUGUGUAUGUACUAUGCCUACAUAAGAAUGCCCACACAAAUACAAAUAAAAACAAGCAUCUUGGGUUCAUCUUCAGAUUGCAAAAGAGAGACAAAGUACCAUGAAAAACUUGAUAUUUUUCCCCCCAGGGAAUGGAAAAAAAAAUCCUUGACAGUAUAGAUCUGCACAUUCAUAUGUAUAUGAAAAUAAAACAGCCGUCUGACAAAGACUUCCCAAACUUUCAAGUGUAGUUAGCUUGAAAUGAAUUCUCCUAUCUGAUUCAUCAUCACCUUAGGAGGUUUUAUUGUGACUGAGACUUAAGUCUGAUCCUGCUAGCCUUUGUAGGCAGCAAGAGGGAUAGAGCACUGGGCCUGGAGUCAGGAAAAUCCCAAAUUCACAUCUGGUCCCAGAUGUUUAUUAGCUUUGUGACCCUGGGCAAGUCACUUAACCUCUGUUUGCCUUGCUGCCCUGGAGAAGGAAAAAAAUA